AGUGCCAUGGGCACCGGGCUGUGCUCCCGCAGGCACAAGGGGCUGCUGCCCUCGGCGCUGGGUCUGCUCUGCCUGGCCGGCCUGGCCUCGGCCGCGCUGCUCUACGGGCACCUCCAGAGCCAAGUGCGGGGCGCCGAGGCGCUGGCGCAGAAAUACAAACUGCAGCAGGAAGCGCUGUCGGCACAGCUGCAAGUGGUGUACGAGCACAGGUCCCGGCUGGAGCGGUCCCUGCAGAAGGAGAGAGGGGAGCACAAGAAAACCAAGGAAGAUUUUUUGGUGUACAAGCUGGAAGCUCAGGAAGCUCUCAACAAGGAGAAGCAAGACUCCAUGAACAGAUAUGGGGCCCUCAGCUCCCAGCACAAGAUCCUGAAGAACCAGCACGACGAUGUCAAGAAGCAGCUGCUGGAGCUGCAGCUGCAGCACAACAGCCUCAGGCUGGAGCACAGGAAGAGCCUGGAGAGCCACAGCCAAAAACUGGCCCAGCUGCAGCAGGAGAGGGACAGCGAGGUCGCCAACCUGCAGGACACGGUGCAGAAACUCAGAGAAGAGAGCAAACUCCUCAGGAAAGCUCACCUGGAGGUUCACUCCCAGCUCCUCAGUGCCCAGGCGCAGAUGGAGGAGUUCAGGCAGCUCAAGGAAGCUCUGCAGAAGAUGCCAGGCCUGAGAGGAGGAGGAGGAGGAGGAGGAGGAGGAGGAGGAGGAGGAGGAAGAGCAGCAGGGAAGGGGCAGCAGCCCCUGGUGCCAGCCAGCAGCCAGCUGCAGCCAGGGAGGCACAAGGAUGUGGAGAUGGAGAUGCACAUCCAGGUGAGGAGCCACGAGCAGAGCCCGGCCCCUGGGCUGGCCCUGCCUGAGCCAGGACCGAAAUCUGCAGCAGAAAAUGCGCCAGGGCCAGGCAGGCAGCGCCCAGCAGGGAGCAGAGAGCUGCCAUCGCACAGCUGGCAGGUCCCUGUGAGCCCAGGAAAUGCCCAGAGGGACCCGGGGCCAGGGCAGGGCCAGCCCAGGAGUGCCCAGGACAUGUCCAGGGAUGGGCACAGGGGCAGCACCCGGACCCCCGGGACAGGGACAGCGGCACACGGGGACGGGGCUGACCAGGAGGAGCUGCAAAUGGAUGCAGGAGUCAUUGACAGGGAGCUGCACUCCCAGAAAGAGCCCGUGGUCCAGGAGCCCAUGGUGCCAGAUGAUGCUGCAGAUCCUGCCCAGGACCCCAACAACCAGGGGGAGGAUGAGUUUGAGGAGGCUGAGCUGGAGAGACCUGACUUUGAGGAGAAGGCGGGAGCCUCGGAGAAGUUCAAGGAGCCCAGAGUUAAAGAAGAGUGGAAGGAGAAGCCACCAAAGGAUGCUGGCAGAGCUGCCAAGCCCAGGGAAGAGCCACUGGAGGAUUACCAAGAAGAUCAGGAGCAAGAAAUUGAGGAUCAUGGAGGGGAGGUGGAUGACAACGACGACCUGGAGCUUGUCCAAGAGCAGAAGGAGCCUGUGGGAAGGCAGGGAGGUGCUGGCAAGAAGGAUGAUUACUUCUGAGAGCUGCUGGAAAUCCAGGAUGCUGCAGGAAUGAGGGGAUGGCAGCUCCUCCUGAAUGAAACAAGGGCAGAGGCAGGAGGAGGGAACUCCCCCAAACAAAGAGGGGGUUUGCAGAUGAAAAUAUGAAAAUCCCAUCUCAGUGUGGGGCCACUGCUGCCUCUGAGAUCUCAGACUGGGGAUGAUCUUACCCUGCUGCUUUUCUUAGGAGCACUUUCUGAUUUACUGUGUUCUUCGCCCUCUCGUUCUUCACAUCCCCUUUCUGAGCUGGAGAGGGUUUUUGGGGCUGGUUUUGGGGGUGUUUUUUACCCCCCUGGGCAGCAGAGGGGUCCCUGGACUCACUCAAAUACAAAGGAAUCUGUCUUCAUAAAUGAUUUUGUGUUUCUUUAACACAUCCUCUGAGCAGGGUGGGGAGGGAACCAGAGGAAAUUUCCUGUUCUUUGCCCUGGAGAUGUGCAAGAGAGCACCAACCACAGCCAGAAGAGUGUGUGAGUGUGGAUGUGAACACCUUCCUGCUGCAGAGACCCUCCAGAAACUGGGAGCAGAUCCCUGCAGAGCUCUCCCUGCCCUGCCUUUGAGCUGUGUGACAUUCCUGCUGGCCUCAAAGUGUCCCCUGGAAUUCUGUGCCUCCCCCCUGCUGGAGGUGAGGGCUGCCCUGAGCUCUUCCCCAUGGGGACAGUGACAGCCAUGCCAAGAAACAGGAAAAAAAAAGGAAUAUUUGCAGCCCAACUAAUGCAGUUCCAGCCUGGUUGGAUUAUUGCCAGUCUCCCAGCAGGAGCCAAGGUAAAUUUUGUCUCUUCUAGAGAGGUUUUGAUCAGCAAGAUGGGAGUUGUUGGUGGAGUGGAUUGAAUCCUGUGGGACUUUACUCAGCCUCCAAAAGACUCGCCUGACCUCAGGGACAAAGAAGGAACAGUCAGCUGGAUUUAAAAUGA